GCGCAUGGAACGAGUUACCACCGCUGCACUGGAGUGAAAAUGUAAAUGCUUUCACUCAAUAAGGGCGCACGAGGACACUCAUUUAGCCGACGGCGCAACCUGCACGCCACAAAUCUGCUGUCCUUCUUCUGCUGCGGCGGGAUUCUAUAGUCCCAGAUUGGUAGCGGAGAGUGGAGAUUUUGACAUAUGCAUUGGUGCAUAUACGCAUGCAACGUGCCUGUAAAGGCUCCACAUGAAAGCUCAAGCAGCUCCGCACUUCUCCAGCGCCAGCAAGCCGGAUGAUGGAUGACUUUAUUUAAGAGCGGGCUUUUGCCUCGGGACGCGAAUCCGCUCGAACCUGCAGAAUUUCGAGCGUCAUUGUGUCUUUUCUUUUGUUUCUUCCUCGUGUAAGACCAAUUUGGUGCAGCCGGACCCAGAUGAUACUACUCUAGUGCUGCAUGCACACACAAGCGUUCAGCUGCAGUCUACUUCCACGUCAACUGCAUUGCCACAACUGUAGGAGAGAAUGUACCCAUCAUGACUCAAUGCAGCUUUUCCCAAGAACUCUUUCGUGGUUCUCCACACUUCCAUCCCCAGGCGGGGCGUUUUUUCUCACUCUCUCAGCGGCAAUUUAAACCACUUCGCAACUACAAUGGGACAACGUGACGGGCUGAGUGGGGGAGAUGUUGCAGACAGGAGAAGUGCAGAGAGGGUGCCAGGCGGUGACUUCCAGAGGAAACCCGCGGACGAGUGAAUGCCGUCUCCGAUGUGGAGCUUGUCGCUGUCCGACGCGCGCGUGGUGCUGAAAUUCGGAUGAUGCCUGGCCAGCGACUGCAAGGCUGCCGCUCCCUGCACCUCAACGAGGACAACGGCCGCUUCGCGCUGCUCGCCGCCCUCAUCGUGCUGUACUUGCUGUGUGGCGCCGCGGUCUUCUCGGCCAUCGAGAGGCCGUCGGAGCUGCGGGCUCACGGCCGCUGGAACGGGACGCUCCUCAACUUCAGCGAGACCUUCAACAUCAGCCUGCGGGACCUCAACUCCUUCCUGCGGGAGUACGAGGCCGCCAUCGCCGCCGGGAUCCGGGCCGAUGCCCUGAGGCCACGAUGGGAUUUUACUGGGGCUUUUUAUUUUGUUGGAACUGUGGUGUCGACUAUAGGUUUUGGGAUGACAACGCCCGUGACGGUGGCCGGCAAAGUGUUCCUGAUCUUUUACGGGCUUCUGGGCUGCGCUGCCACCAUCCUCUUCUUCAACCUCUUCCUUGAGCGCAUCAUCACGCUGCUGGCCGUGGUGAUGAAGGCCGUGCGGGAGCGGCGAAUCAGGAACAGCGGUCUGCUCCCGCCGGGGAUCCGCCAUGACUUCUCGGCGUACUCCCUCCCCGGCUGGAAGCCUUCCGUCUACCACGUCAUGCUGAUCCUGGGCCUGUCGGCCAUCACCAUCUCCUGCUGUGCGUCCGCCAUGUACACCCCCGUGGAGGGCUGGGCUUACUUGGACUCGCUCUACUUCUGCUUUGUCACCUUCAGCACCAUCGGGUUUGGGGAUUUUGUCAGCAGCCAGGGCGCGGCUUACGGACACCAAGGCCUCUACAGGGUGGCCAACUUCUUCUUCAUGCUGAUGGGCGUGUGCUGCAUCUACUCGCUCUUCAACGUCAUCUCUAUCGUCAUCAAGCAGGUGCUCAACUGGAUUCUGGAGAAGAUGAGCUGCUUGUUUUGCCAGCGCUGCAAUAAGGCCAACGUCCUCCUGGGCAGACGCAAUGCCAUCCGCCCCGGCUCCAAGGGGCGCCACGGUCGCCCACAUGACUCAGAUGGGCCCGGCGAUAGUGAUACUGAGGGCCGCAGAUUGUCGGGCGAGAUGAUCUCUAUGAAGGACUUGGCAGCCUCUAACAAGGUGUCGCUGGCCAUCAUGCAAAAGCAGCUGUCCGAGUUGGCCAAUGGGUAUCCAAGGACGGUCUGUGGCAGCUCCCGCCAUAAUGGCUUCUCUGGAGGGGUGGGGGCGCUCGGCAUCAUGAACAACAGGCUGGCGGAGACGAGUAACUCUAGGUAGAGGACGCAGUCAAACGGGCACUACGGGGUCUCUUGAUGCUCACACCGCGAAACAAACGCUGAGGUCGAUUACCGGUGAAAAGAUAUGAGGCUUCUGAGAUUAGAUGUAACUUGUUAUACUUGAAACAUGGGAUUUUUUGUCGGAUAGCUUUGGUUGGAAGUACAAGAAGUGGUGGUGGUGAUGGUUUGAUGAUGAAGAGAGAACCGCAAAGUCAACAAAACUUGGGGACCAUCCAUCCCUCAUUGCACUCACCUCAAACCAAACCCAGAACAAAUCACUGAAAUUUCAGUUGUUGUGUCGAGGUCUGUUACAUAUGCUCAAUAUACCAGAAAUGUACGACUUAAAUGUGCUAUAAAAAGAGCCGAGGUCGGCAUACAAUGCAAUCUUCAUUGUUUUGGGACAGUUUAUCUAAAUGUACAUAUUGAAUGCUGAUAUAAAUGAGACAACUGUGUUCACAGAAUGACAUGGCACAUACCGAUCUAUGCAUUACACGUCUCAUGCAUUUUUUGCACCAUUUCUAAACCUUCCAUUGACUGUGCAAACUGCAUUUCCGUCUUUACACGAGGCAUGUUUUACCCUGUGGUGAUUGAGGGGCAGCUAAGCGUGGCUGUGACGUAGCUGAUUGUGACAGGGCAGCAGUGACAGGUGGUUCUACAGUGCGCCGCACUGAUGGGCUGCAAACGAGUCAUUUUCAAUUGCUCAAGAUAAAGAAGAGAGAACGGUUGAAAAAUGGAAAUCCAUUUUUUUGUGGGAGAGAAACUGGCCUUCCUAUCAGCCCGGAAAAUGCUUCUGCGGCCAAAGACUUUGACUCGGAGGGUAAAAGAAAGCACCACCCAACUCCCACUCUCGCUUCUAUUUUUUUAAACUUACUGCAAGAGAAGAAAAAAAAUUAUAACGGCUUGCAAUGCAUCAUUUACUCUUUGACUGCAGAAUGUAGACUAGUGUCUCUGUGGAAACUGAAUACAUGAGGAGUAGGUUUAUGUUUGUUUGAAGUGAAAGGGAGAGGACGCAAAUAAUGGAUGGUUUUAUCCAGAAGGUACAGCAAUUUAAAUAAUACGGAAUGAAAGUAGGCAGGUCUGUGUCAGAUGCUUGAGUUGGAAACAAAACCCUGAAUGAUUCUGUUGCUCUGAUUUAUUUUCAUACGUCUUCGCAGACUUGCUUUCUUCUGGGAAACACGGCGUGACCCAGAGGCCUUGCACAAGUCGCUUCUCCCCGGUUUUGGUGUAAAUGUGCAGCCAACGUUUGGAUAGCUGGUGUUUCCAGAGGAUGCAGUGCUACCAGACCACAUGAUAAAUCUCCUAGUUUGCUGGUAACUAUCCCUUCCAGGGCGUGUGUGAGUCAUAGCCGUGUGAUAUGUGUAUUAUUUUUGUCAACCUGCCAACAAAGAAGGAGUCGUUGAUAGUUUAGCUAAGUGGUGAAGGAGGAGAACACAGUAGAGAUGCCUGGAGGUAGAGAAGGUGGUGUCAAAUGCAUGGCCAAUCAAAAUACAUAUAUUUCAGCCAAGUACUCAACUAUUCUUGGCAUCCAUCUUCACCAUGUAAAAUCCUGGCCUUUCACUUCUUUUUCUCUGUCAUCUCUGCAUUCACUUAACAGAACCCUCCAGCCUCCUAUUUCCCACAGAUCUCGGCUCUCUCCUCAUGCUCAUCACCCUAACACUGUGAAUAUGAUGAGACAUGCCAUACAUGUAGAUACACAUACAUAUAUAGUAUUGGAAUGUCUUAAAAAGCGCUUUUACAAUACGGCGUGAAUUGGAUUUGAAUCUAUUCUUUAUUGAUUCUCAUCCUGUUCGCACACAUAGAUCUGAAUAAUUUCCUUUACUCCCCAGCCUCAUCAAGAGGAAUAGAGAAAAUGACUCAGGUAGUUAAAUCUUCAGGCUUGCCUUAGUUUUCCCUGCAUGUUGUUGUGGUAAAGCCAUAUAAGAUAGCUGUAUAUAAAACAGAGGACUCUUUAAAGUCUAUUUUUCUACAUAUAGCUUGUACAUGUGUAUAAUUGAAUAAGUCAUUGCCUAAUGUCUCACAGUCAGUCUGCAGAGCACUAAGAUGCACCAUACAGAACUUCAAUACCCUCACAAACACAUGGAUACAACGGGUAAAUGUGAAAAUCGUUUUUCCAGAUGUUUAAAAAAAUAGUUUGCUGUUUUGGAAAAUACACAUAGCGAUAUUAUAUAUAAUAUAUUUCGUGCGGAAAGCUGAAUGGGAAGAUUGUUGCCACUCUUACAACUACAAGAUAAAUAUGUACCUGUAGCUGGUUAGCUUAACUAACUGAAAUACUUUUUUACUGCGCGUGUUUUUACCAACUGAACAGGAUAAAAUAAAUAAAGUUAUUUAUUGAUUCUU